AUGGCGAUGAUGAUGACUGGCCGUGUGCUGCUGGUUUGUGCUCUCUGCGUGCUGUGGUGUGUUGCGGCCGAUGGAGCUGUUGGUGUGGUUUCUGGUGGGGACGACAACAGUCUGAAAGAAUUAUUUAUUCCAGUUGCGAGAUUGCAGGAAAGACAAGAACAAAGAGCAGCAGGAGCAACAGCUGACGCAAAGGCAGCAGCAGAAGCAGCAGAAACAGCAGUCGCAAAAGCAACAGCAGCAAAAGUAGCAGCGGAAGCAGCAGCAAAGGCAAAAGCAGCAGCAGCAGAAACGGCAUCAAAAGCAACAGCAGCAAAAGCAGCAGCAGAAGCAGCAAAAGCAGCAGCAGAGGCAGCAGCAGAGGCAGCAGCAGAGGCAGCAGCAAAAGCAAAAACAUCAGCAGAAACAGAUGAAACAGCAGCGACAAAAGUAACAGCAGCAGCGGAAGCAGAAGCAAAAGCAGCAGCAGCAUCAGAAGCAGCAAAAGCAGCAGCCACACAAGCAACAGCAACAGCGGAAGCAGCAACAAAGGCAAAAGCAGCAGCAGAAAAAGCAGCAAAAGAAGCAGCAACAGCGGCAGCAGCAGAAGCAGUAACAGCAACAGCAGCAGCGGAAGCAGAAGCAAAAGCAGCAGCAGCAUCAGAAGCAGCAGAAGCAGCAGCCACACAAGCAACAGCAACAGCGGAAGCAGCAACAAAGGCAAAAGCAGCAGCAGAAAAAGCAAAAGAAGAAGCAGAAAAAGCAAAAGCAGCAGAAAAAGCAAAAGAAGCAGUAACAGCAACAGCAGCAGCAGAAGCAGCAACAGCAGCAAAAGCAGCAGCAGAGGCAGCAAAAGAGGAAGCUGAAAAAGCCGCAGCAGCGACACAAGAAGCAGCAAAAACAACGGCAGCAGCAAAAGAAGAAGCCGAAAAAGCAGCAGAAACAGCAGCAGCUGAAGCAGAGGCAGCGGAAGCAGAGGCAAAAGCAGCUGCAGAAGCGGCAAAAGCAGCAGAAGCAAAAGCAAAAGAGGCAGCUGAAACAGCAGCAGCGGAAUCACUGCGAGGUACAACAGUCGGAGAAGAAGCAAAAACAGCAACACAUGAUCAGGAUAAUUCAGUCGAACACCAUUCUGAAGAAAAACAAGAGCUUCUACAAGAACACGAACCGGAACGACAAGAAAAAGAACAGCAUGAAAAGCAGCAACACCAACAGCGUGAACAUUCCGCAGGAAAUGGCGAAGAAUCCCCGAAAGAAAAAAUUGCUAAUGGUACAAAUGCAACUGCAAUUACGGACGACAGUGACGGCAUCACCGCGGUCCCCCACACCACCUCCCCUCUUUUGCUUCUUCUUCUUGUUGUGUGUGCGGCUGCUGCUGCGGUGGUGGCCGCGUGA